CGCAGGCUCCGGUCUCCUUUGCUCGCUGUGACAGCAAAGUGUCACACUGGAAACCACAAGCUGGGACUUACCAAGUGGCCUCUGAUCUUUCUCUCUCUUUUUUUACCACAUUUCCUCUCUUUGUCUUUUCAUUUUCCAAGGAAGAGGCAUUUUUACUCACAGCUUCUUGGACAGCUCUGGGACACCAUUUUUCUGAGGAGGAAAGCUCUUGGCUGUAAUUUUUCAUUGCACUCAUGGCCCCUAAGAAGAAGAAUGUGAAGAAGAACAAAGCAGAUAUCAAUGAAAUGACUAUCAUUGUGGAAGAUGGCCCCCUCAGUAAACUAAAUGGCUUGAAUGGACUUUUAGAUGGAGGAAAUGGUUUCAGCUGCAUCUCAUCUGAAGUUUCCGACCCAUCCUAUAGCCCGAAUCUCUUGGAAGGUCUAAGCAGAAUGAGACAAGAAAAUUUUCUUUGUGACUUGACUAUCAGUACCAAAACCAAAUCCUUCAGUGUUCAUAAGGUGGUGAUGGCUUCAAGCAGUGACUACUUUCACAACAUCUUAAAGAAAGAUCCAUCCACUCAAAGAGUAGACCUCAAUGAUGUAUCCCCAUUGGGUCUAGCUACUGUUAUCACCUAUGCUUACACUGGAAAACUUACUCUCUCGCUUUAUACGAUAGGUAGUAUUAUUUCCACAGCAAUUUAUCUACAGAUUCACACCCUUGUAAAGAUGUGCUGUGAUUUUCUAAUCCAAGAAAUCAGUGUUGAGAAUUGUAUGUAUGUUGCCAAUAUUGCAGAAACAUAUGGACUAAAAACAACCAAGGAAGCAGCGCACAAAUUUAUCAGAGACAACUUCAUUGAAUUUUCAGAAACAGAUCAGUUCUUAAAACUUACUUUUGAUCAGAUUAAUGAACUUCUUGCAGAUGAUGACUUGCAAUUGCCUUCUGAAAUUGUUGCAUUCCAGAUUGCAAUAAAGUGGCUGGAAUUUGACCAAAAAAGAGUAAAGUUUGCUGCUGAUCUCUUAGGUAACAUUCGUUUUGGUACCAUCUCAGCCCAAGACCUUGUCAAUUAUGUUCAGACUGUGCCGAGAAUGAUGCAAGAUGCAGACUGCCAUAAGCUCCUAGUGGAUGCCAUGAACUAUCAUUUGCUUCCCUACCACCAGAAUACACUGCAGUCCAGAAGAACAAGGAUCCGUGGAGGUUUCAGAGUCUUAGUUACUGUUGGGGGACGCCCUGCUCUAACAGAAAAGUCCCUUAGCAGAGACAUCUUAUACAGAGAUCCUGAAAAUGGAUGGAAGAAGCUGAGUGAAAUGCCUGCUAAAAGUUUUAAUCAGUGUGUGACAGUGAUGGAUGGAUUUCUCUAUGUGGCUGGUGGGGAAGACCAGAACGAUGCCAGGAACCAAGCCAAGCACGCAGUCAGCAAUUUCUGCAGAUAUGAUCCUCGUUUCAACACCUGGAUUCACCUGGCAAACAUGAACCAGCGGCGCACCCACUUCAGCCUGAAUGUGUUCAAUGGCCUCCUUUUUGCAGUGGGUGGUCGCAACUCUGAGGGGUGCCUCUCCUCGGUUGAAUGCUAUGUGCCUGCAACUAAUCAGUGGCAGAUGAAGGCACCCCUGGAGGUGCCCAGGUGCUGCCACGCCAGCGCAGUGGUGGAUGGUCGGAUCCUGGUCACAGGAGGGUACAUUAAUAAUGCUUACUCUCGUUCAGUGUGCAUGUAUGACCCCAGCAAAGAUAGCUGGCAGGAUAAGUCCAGCCUCAGCACCCCGAGGGGGUGGCACUGCGCAGUGUCCCUUCUGGAAAGGGUCUACGUCAUGGGUGGGUCUCAGCUAGGGGGGAGAGCCGAAAGGGUCGACGUUCUCCCCGUGGAGUGUUACAGUCCUUACACAGGGCAAUGGAGUUAUGUGGCACCGCUUCAAACUGGAGUUAGUACGGCUGGUGCCUCCACCCUUAACGGGAAAAUUUACUUAGUGGGUGGCUGGAACGAGAUAGAGAAAAAAUAUAAGAAGUGCAUUCAGUGCUAUAACCCAGAUCUCAAUGAAUGGACAGAGGAAGAUGAGCUGCCCGAGGCCACUGUGGGCGUAUCCUGUUGUACGAUAUCCAUGCCCAACACCAAGACAAGGGAGUCCAGGGCCAGCUCAGUCUCUUCUGUCCCAGUCAGUAUUUAAAUACGGGUCUAACCAGCAAUAAAUAAAAAUGUUUACCAGCACAGCAUUAUAAUUAACCCUUUAAGUAGCAUUUUUGUGCUUAUAUUGAAAAAACAAACAAACAAAUAACAGAACAUUGGCUUUGAAACAGUUUUGAUAGUGCAAAUUGGCCAGUUUUCAUGAUCUUAAUACAGGUGGCAAGAAACAGCAUAUGAGGCAUAAGAUGAAUUUUCUUAGCAGGAAGAGAGAGUUAAGCCACAACUGCAGAGGAAAAUUCAUUCUUUUCCUGACUUUGCCACUGACUCAUUCUGUUAUCUGUGACAAAUCAUUUCAUUUCUUUGUGCCUUGGUUCCUCACCUGUAAAAUAGAGAUAAACUUGCUUCCGAAGACUGUUGUGAGGCUUUUUUUAAAUAUUGAGUUUUAAAUGCUUUCAGAACCCAAAAUGAAAGUCAGAUAUUGCUAGUAAUAAAUUUCAACAAACAUCAGAAAUAUGCCAUGUCAUCAUAAAAUUGGUCAGUUUUGUUCUUUUCUAUGCAUUUUCUAUUUUGACAAACAGAAGAAAAAACUUACAAAAUAUUACAUAUAGCAUAUGCAUACUUUUUUUGGCAGGCAGUGGUAUUCACACAAAAAAAAUUCAAAACAUUUUCUCCUUCAGAAGUUAUAAGACGUCCCUAACUUCUUUCAUGAAAUCCUUUAAUUCUCAUAUCUCAUGCUGUGACAUGGCUUUCAAGAUCUGAAUCCAUAAAAUACCUUAGCUCCUGUAAGCAUUAUAGGCCAGCCCCAAGGGCUGCCUUGGGUGCCACGUUUCUCUCCUGACCUCCAUGUGUACACCACAGAGCAGACCACCACCCCAUCCUCCUCCUCAUGCCAGGGAGACUCUCCUGUCACUCCAGGUGGAAGGCAUGAAGGCCAGUCAGUAUGUCUCCUCCUGUUCCUACUCUUCUCAUCUGUGUAGAAAUGUACGUCCAAGUUAUCUUCUUGUUCAGGAAGGAACUCCCCAAUGCAAGGAGCUAGGUAUUGCCACAGCACGGCCAAAAUCAGGAAGCUGAGUUCAUGCCAGGAGGCACCAAGGGCUAACGGUGUCUAAGAGCGGAGGUGCACAGAGCGUCCCUCCUACUCAGUGUUACUCUGACAAGUUCCCAGUUGAGUGAGGAACAAAGACGGAAUAAAGACUGCAGGAUCUGCCUUAUAAGGGUAGGGUUUAUGUGUGGAAACUGGUCAAUCAUGGGAAAACUGGAUGAAAUCAAAGAGACUUUCCUUAAUAGUACCAAAGAGAUACCUUAACACCAUUCUCACUAAGUGUAGGCACAACAUCACCCAAAUUAACCUUUUCCUGGGCAUGCCAGUAUUUACCUCCUACAUACAUACAUACCUCCUACAGUAGGGCUGUUACAGCCCUAUUUACUUUUUUAGGAGCUUUUAUUCACUUUUUUCCCAAAAGGCUAGACUAAUGCUGUGCCUGUUCAAGUCUGUGAAGUUUUCCCAGUGAGUAGAGUGAAGUCUUCGUUCAACUCAGAUUACCUUCCAAGAACUUUUCUUCCUAAUUUCAGCAGGGGGAAUUAAGCAUGAAACCUAAUCCUAUUCCCUUAGCCAAAGGGAUAUGCAGCCUUUAAUGUCCCCAGAGAAUUUUGUAAUGAAGGACUACUGUCAGCACAAAAUGUCUGCAUCCUUCUGUUAGGGAAGGAAAGCAGCAAUACAAAGAACUAAAAUUAUUUCAUAUAACCGAAAGGGUGGAAGUUCACUCACCUUAACCAAUUCAUAGAGGAUUCAUGUGCAGUUUCCUAAGAUUAUCACUGACCGCUCCACGCUCCGGUGCCAAUGAGAAGGCAUGCUCUUAGCAACGUUUACAAAGCAGCCAGAUUUUUAUCUCAUUUGCAAAAGGACAACCUUAUAAAAUUGUCUGUAAGUGCAGAUAUUGUUGAGGCAAGUAUUUUCAGGAUUCAUACUCUGCUCUUUGUACCUUUGUUGCAGCCACAUAUGGAGCAUCAGCAUGAGCAUGACACAGUAUUAGAGAUGAAGUAAUUCGCUCUGUCGGUUGGGAUUAAACUGCAUGGUAUUCAAUCCUGUUUUCCCAUUCUAACUUAAGAGUUCAUGUCUGCAUCCUGACAACACAAUUUAAAAUCCCAAAUUCUAUUUUUGAGUGCUGCGUGUUUUUAGAAUAUACUGCACUGCAAUGACUUUUAGUCAAAGUAGUGCUGUCAUAUAGUUUUGAUUAAUUUAAUUAGCAUACUGUUAUCCUUUAUCCCAUUUAAUUCAAGUGAAUAAUAUUUCAAAUCCACAGACACAGAACAAAGCAUGGAAUUGUGUAAGAGAGUGAGAUUACUUUGUUUGAAAUACAAAAAUGCUGUUCUUGCCCAUUCCAGUCAUCAAAAGUUUCUUGUGGAUGAGAGCAAAAUGUCUCUUUUCCCAAAGUCAAGACCAUGUGUUGCCUAUAAAAGUUUAUAGGAAGCUCUUUGAAAAAUCCAUCUGCUCCAAUAUUUUUUUGUAAAAUUUUAAUACUGUUAGAUGAAGUUGCAUAUCCAUCCAGUCCAAUGAAGAUACACAUACACAUAUCCAGUUAUAACUGUAUGCAUACUCCAGUUAUUUAGUUUUGAAGGUACCCAUAAGAUGGUGUUUAAGAAUUGAAGAAACAAUUAUUUUGACCUCAGACAGAUAUCGGAUGAAAUUCUGUCAUAUGUAAGUGUCUCUUUUUCCUUUAGGAAUUCAGUUCCAAAAUGCUAUGAGUAGUCAGACGUUGCUGUACGCUUUCCUCUCUGUGAGGCAACGCUUCCUAUACAUCAACAACCAUCUUCUGUUUUCAAGUAGAAAGGUAUUUGUCAAUGAUGGGCUAAGUGCAAUGAAGCUACUCUCAUACUACUUAAAGGGUUAAAAACUUUGGGGGCCAAAUCCUUUUCAUCUUACUCACAAAAAAGUUCCAUUGACUUCAUUGGGACUGCUGAAUAAGAUGUACAGGAUUUCGAACUCUUGGCCAAAUUCUGGCAGAACAGUAGAUCUAGAUGCCUGCCAAAACUGUCAUACCCAGCAGGAAGACUGCUCCUCAGCCUCCACUGCCCUUGGCCAUGCAAGUCCAUGAAUACCUCUCCUAGGACAGGAGUUGAGCACCACUGGCCAUGUGGUCCUUCCGUAGCACCAAUUAAGUACAUACUUCAGGCCAAAAAUAUUAGGUAGAUUAACAAAUGGUAUUGUUAUCAAUAUAGCACUUCAGUAUGGCUCUAUAUUAUUUUCUCUAAACAUCUGUGUAGGCUUCAACUGUGCAUUGAGCCAGGAUUUGGCCCUUAAUAUGUGACAAUAUCAGCUGGACUUAAUAUUGUGUUGAUCAUACCAAGGUACCGAGCUAUUUGUGACAUUUUUAUGUACAAUCUUGUUUUGUUAGAACUGUGAAAAGUGGUUUGUAUGUGGUGUUUUAUGGGACGGUGUUCUUUCAUUGUCCGGUACUGUGUUUUCAAUCUCCAGAUCUUUAAUAACAGCAUCUCAGUUGAACUUGAAAUAUUGCAUAUCCCAAAAAGAAAUUUUAAAAUGCAGUUUAGGAAGUACUGUAUAUGGUAAUAUUAAGUAGAGCAGAGGGCUUCCAACUGUAUGAGAUGCAGAUUGUUAAAACACUACAGGGAUCUUCUUUAAUGCUACACUAAUAGUAAAAAAAAAAAACCAAAAAACCCCAAACAAAAAAAAACCCAAACAAAAAAACCCCAACAUAUAUAUGCUGUUAUCUACAAAAUUAGUUAUGCCCAUGCAUUUUAUAGUCAACAACCUCUAUGCUUCCAAGGAAUUCAAAUCUGAAAAUAAGCUUUCUUCAGUAUGUGAGUGAAACGGUUUGAUAAUGUUUCGUUUUCUUGUUUAUUCAUGCUUGUGUAGGUGCAUGGGAGAGUAUGUUACAAGGUUGUGAGGGAGGAAAUUACUGUUCGAAAGUUAUGCUGAAAGGAAGAUUUUGUGCUUAGUUCUUAAUCAAGAUGAGAUCCUGAUCAUUUAAUCUCUUCCUGAAGUUAACCUGCAAGAUCAUCUGUAGAUUAGUCAAGAGUCCAGUAAGCUUAAGUGCCAACUUCUAGCUGGUCAAAGAGGGAAGCAGGCAAAAUUAUCAUCAACCAAACCUAUCAGGUGUUGAAAAGUGUUUUGUGUUGAGAUUUUUAAAUGGCAGAUCCUGCAGGAAAAAGUACAUGAUGAAUGAAAUGACUGAAUAAGACCAUGCUUUAUAUUAUCCUGAAGCCUAGAUUAGUUGAUCCUACAGUUUUAACUCUUUCCAAACCCAUGCUGGGUUUAGGGGGAGUUUUUCAUUGGUAACAGCUAGGUUUGGUAAUUCUGGUUACAAACCCAACAGUCAAACAAAUAGUUGUAUGAGCAUGCGUACCUUCUUGAAUUCAGUGGGACUUCUCCUAUAUACAGUUAUUCUCAUGUGCUUAUGUUUGGAAAAUUAAAGUACAAGAACUAAAUCCAUGGGUAGGUAUGUAUCAAUGUCAAUGAAAGCCAACAUGGAGGUAUUAGGCUGAUCCUCAAUAUCACCAUUAAACUACCCACUCACCAUGCAGGCACAUGAAACUUUUUUAGAAACUAGAUUUCCCCAUAAGGAUUAUUUCCUUGGGGAUGGCUGCUGAAUGAAAUUCUAUGUAUGCUCCAAGCGUUUUUCUGCAACACAUGAGACGGGAGAUGCAAGAGGCUCCAGACAGUGGAAAGGGGAAGAUGGAGCCCCUUAGCACAGUCAGUAGACUAAGAUUUUGUUCCCAUUUCUCAACGAUGUUUGAGAAAUACAUGCUGAAAGGAAGCACCUCCUUCAACACACACCUUUCCAUAAGCAGCCUUUAUUUAUGUUACCUAACCGAGGUGGCCCAGCCUUUCUUAUGAAAAGCAAGACUCAAUUUUCAAUUGCUUGUAACUUGAAUUCUCAGUUGAAUUGAAUUUUCAAUCCACUUCAACCUGGUUUACCCAAGCUGGGAGAUCUUUUUCAAAUUCUGAAUCUACCUGCUUGGAGAAAGCAGUUGAAGCCAAUAGUCCUACUGCAGUCUCUUGACCUUUUUGCAAUUAAUCUUCUCAUCCUUUUGUUAAAGACCUACUUUGUAUAAGUAAUCAAAACCAUUACAAUGCACAGAUUUGUACUUCGACUCCUCCAUGCAAGAGAAGGGUCUUUCGUCCCUGUUAUUUUCUCUUUUCUUGUCCAUAACUGAAUGACUCAUGGGGCACCAAAGAAGAUGCACAGAUGUGAACAGUACAUAAAAGCUCGUCUGUGAAUCUAAUUCAAAAAGUCUCAUCGCUGGUGGCCACAAUAAAGAAAAGGACACAUUCUGCAAUGCUUGUUGGAAAAAAAGGGGUGAAAAAUGAGUUGGUGGGGCGCAUUUGCUCAGAGCUCUGUUCCCAGAAGUUCCCUAAAGGAAAAUACAUGCAAUUCUAUAUAGCUUGUGUGAGAGAUUCAGUUAAUACCAGAUGAGUUUUGCCAUGCAAAAGACCAGUAUGAUUUCAUUGGUGUCUCAAUGAAAAUUGAAUUUUCAAUAACAAUAUAAGCAAUUAGCAAACUUACGAGGAAUACAUAGUUGAUUUCUGUUGGUAAGAAUGGGAACACACACAUUUAGAUACACUGGAUGUUACACUAGUUGCUGCUUUGGCAGGUUUUUUUGUCAACAAGAAAUGUUUAAAAUAUAACUUAUUUGUGUAAAGCAUUUUCCUGGCUUAAAAGUGUUAGACAUACUGCUUAUACAAAUAGGUUUUCUAAUUAUACACUUUAAGGAUGGACUGUGAUAACACAAGGGAACAUAUUUCAACAGAAAAAAUCUGUAAGUGUAAUGUGAGAAUGUUACUACUUAAAAAUUAAAAUCUGUAGUGCAGCAGUUGUCAUUACGAGGAAUAACAGCACGUUGGUAUUUUUCGUUGUAUGCUUUAAAUAAAACUGUCGAUACACAGCGCAAAUUAUUCUUAUUGUAAAACCAGUUGGAAACUGCGAGACUCUUUCUGACAAAUGCCUCGUUACAGUUGAAACAUGCUUUGUUUUCUGAGCCCCGUGCUGAUCCUUGCUUUCAUAUCAGCCGACUGGAAUGUUCGUUACACCCCGGCUGUCAAACCACCUUCUCAAUAAGCUACACAGUGUGACACUGGAGCCACUUUUAUCUUUUUCAUUUUAUUACAAGGACAACAGCUUGUGUUUUAACAAUGAAUUUCACAGUCAUUUGUUGUAAUCAAAAUGCCUAACGAGAAAUGAUGAUAGAUCAGAUGUCUGAUUAGCAAUUUAAUGUGUUUUAAUUUGGAUUGUAUGAGUAAUGGUAUCGGAAAUAAAAGCAUCUGAAUUUCAAGGGAAAAAA